CGCUAAAAAUGAUAAUAUUAUUUUUGAACGAUGCUUCUCAAAUUUUAAUUAAAUUUUAUGUUAUUUAUUUAUAUUUAUUUUAAUCUAAGUAAUCCAAUGUCAAAUUUUAAAUAUUAUUCAAUAAAACGUUAAUAUUAAACUAUGGGAAAUCAACUAGUUGGGAUUGCUCCCUCGGAGAUAUUCCCAGUUGAACACUAUUUAACUGAUCAUACACAAUUACAAUUUGAUGCCAGUUUGGGAAGUACAAGAUUUUUUAAGGUAGCAAGAGCAAAAUCCCAAGAAGGUAUGAUUGUUGUAAAAGUAUUUGCUAUCCAUGAUCCAAUGUUACCAUUAAUUAAGCAUAGAGUACGUGUUGAGGAAAUAAAAUCAAAAUUGCAAUCUGCAGUUAAUUGUUUGUGUUUUCAAAAAGUUAUUAUGACAGAUAAAGCAAUAUUUUUGAUGCGAGAAUAUGUUAAGUAUAGUUUGUAUGAUCGUAUAAGUACAAGACCCUUUUUAACUUUGACAGAGAAAAAAUUCAUCGCAUUUCAAAUCUUAUUUGCUCUAAGGCAAUGUCAUACUUUAGGUGUCUGUCAUGGUGAUAUUAAACUUGAAAAUAUUAUGAUUACAUCAUGGAAUUGGGUGUUAUUAACAGAUAUUGCUUCCUAUAAACCUACAUAUUUACCAGAUGACAAUCCAGCUGAUUACUCUUUUUUUUUUGAUACAUCUCGUAGACGACUUUGUUAUAUAGCACCAGAAAGAUUUAUAAAAUCAUCUACAGAAGUAAACAAUCAACUGCUACCAUCUGAAGAUAUAAAAAAAGGAGAACUCACUCCAGCUAUGGAUAUAUUUUCAGCAGGGUGUGCCAUUGCAGAAAUGUUUACAGAUGGCCAUCCACCUUUUGACCUAUCACAGUUGCUAGCAUAUAGAAAUGGUGAAUAUGACCCUAGUACUUAUAUUGAUACUAUUGAUGAUCAGGGAAUUAAGGAACUGAUCAAAUCAAUGAUACAACUGAAUCCUUCUAACCGUUGUUCUGCUGAAUUAUACUUAGAUGAAGAGAAAAAUAAAAUAUUUCCUGAUUAUUUUUACUCUUUUCUACAACCUUACUUACAAAUGUUUUCUGCAACUGAUCCUAUUAUUUCUCCUGAUGAAAAAAUUGAUAGAUUAAAAAGUGAUAUUAAAGGAAUUAUUAAUAUGUUACUCCCAUCUAAUGAUUCACCUGAGUGUACAGAUGGUCUUGUUUUGAUAGUUCAACUUGUUACAUCCUGUAUAAGGGGAUUACAUUUGUCAACAACAAAAGUACAAGCUUUAGAUGUUUUACUUGAGUUAUCUAAGUAUUGCUCUGCUGAAACAGUUUUAGAUCGGAUUGUUCCAUACAUAUUUCACAUGAUACAAGAUGUAUGCCCUGGUGUACGUAAAUCUGCUUUACAUGCACUGAAUAAUAUGCUAUCAACAGUUGCAAAUCUAAAACCGAGUGAUGCUAAUACUUUUCCUGAGUACAUUUUUCCUGGAUUAGUAAAUGUUGCACAUGAUGAUGCUGUAAUAGUUAGGACAACUUUUGCACAAAUUAUUUCGCAGUUAGCUCAAACUGGCCUAAGGUUUUUAAAAUGCUGUCAAAAAAUAAAUGAUAAUGAACCAACUACUAGUGCAUUUGAAACAGAACUUGCCACAUUGCACGAAAUGGUACAACAGUCAGUAUCAGCUCUUCUCACUGACAGCCAUAAUAUUGUCAAACAGACCUUACUUAAUAGUAACAUAGUUGAACUUUGUGAAUUUUUUGGAACUCAAAGAGCUAAUGAUGUUAUUUUGUCUCACAUGGUAACAUUUUUAAAUGACAAAACAGACAAAAAUUUACGAGCAUCAUUUUUUGACAACUUUGUAAAUGUCGCAUCUUUUGUUGGUUCUCAAUGUUCACCUAUAUUGAGUCCACUUUUACAACAAGGUUUUACUGACAGUGAAGAAUUUGUUGCUAAAAAAGCAAUUAAUGCUAUGACAUUAUUAAUUGAAAAACGUUUAUUACAAAAAACUUCUCUUUACCAGUUGAUCAAUGAUAUAUCAUGUUUUCUUAUACAUCCUAAUUUAUGGAUAAGACAGGCGAUAGUAGGUUGUUUUAGUGCUACAGCAAGAAUAUUGGAUGAUGUUGAUGUUCAAUGUAAAAUAUUACCUGUUAUGAAACCCUACUUAAAAAAUUCUAUAAUCUUAGUUGAUAGAGAAGAAUUAGUUUUAAAUACUCUUAAAGAACCUUUAUCAAGAAAUAUUUAUGAUACUGUUGUUAAAUGUUCAAUAUUGGAGACAUUUAUAGAAACCCUAGGAGAACGUAAAAAAGCUAGGACAAUAGCUAAUACUGGUCAUAUACCUUUACCAAGUGUUACGCAAUGUAUGCAUCAAAAUGGUGCUCUCAGGAAUCUUAUUAGAAAAUUAGAGUCGGAAGGAAUGUCUGAAGUAGUUGAAGAUCAGUUAAUAGCAUUAUCCAAACACAUUCUCAAAGUCCACAAACAACUAGCAUUUGACAAUAAAUAUGGAACUAAGGGAAAAAUAAAAAUUGGGAAUUCUAAAUCAAAUGAAAACUGUCAUUCAGUUUCAUUAGUCCCUUCUCAACAUUCAAAAUUACAAGAACCACUGUCAAAUUCUAAUCGCCGUAAAAUUACUGAUGAUCAGUCUGUAGCUAAUAUGAAUGAAGAAUGGAGAUGUAUGUUUGGUAGUCCAGAUUCAUCAAAACCAACACAUUCAUAUAAAAAUUUAUCUCCAGUUGGUAGUUCAUACACAUUUGAUGUUCAGCCAUCACCAUCUCAUAGCAUAGAAGGGCCUAAUGAUAUGUCAUACAUUCAUUAUCGUUAUGCACCUUGUAGAUUACAACUUGGUAAAUUAAUUUCACACCGCCAAGAUUGUUAUGAAAUGACUAUACGACGUCACGAAUGGGCUGAACAAGAAGUUUGGAAACCAAGACUUCCACCUCUAGGUUGGAGACUUCGAUCACAGUUAGUUGCACAUUUACAUGAACACAAAGGUGCAGUAAAUAGGUUAGUAUCAAUUCCAAACACAUCCUUAUUUGCUAGUUGUUCAUCAGAUAGUUAUGUGCGUGUUUGGGAUUGUGUAAAAAUGGAAGGAAAAAAUAUUGCUAAUCGGUCAAAGCAAGUUUAUAACCAUCAAAAUGGAGCAUUAUAUGGAAUGACAACCUGUAGGAAUAAUCAAUCAUUAGCAACUGUUAGUCAUUCUGGCUCAGUAGUUGUUCUAAAUUUAGAGGCUAAUAGUAAUAAAAUGCCAGUGAUGCAAACUAAGCAAUUAGAUUUGCAAGAAGAUGGAUGUGCUGUUGAUAUUGCAUACUUAGACUCUGGAUCUCAAAUGGUUCUUGUUUAUACAACUGUAUAUGGCUCUCUUAUAGGGUGGGAUCUUCGAGCUCCUAAAUUAGUUUGGAAAGUAAAUAAUGAUAUUAAACAAGGAAUCAUAACGGCUAUGUGUCUUGAUACAAGGCAAAGUUGUUUGACUUUGGGUACCAGUAGUGGCUAUCAUACUUGUUGGGAUUUACGUUUCAGAUUACCAAUUGCUACUAUAGCUCAUUCUAAAGCUGUACGAGUCAGGCGGCUUAUAAAACAUCCCACAGAACCAUCUUGGAUUAUUUCAGCCAUGCAAGAUAACAAUGAAGUUACUGUGUGGAACUUAGAAAGUGGUUCCAAACAACAAACUCUAUGGGCUAGCAAUGCUCCUCCUCUUUCAAAUAGCCAAACCAACAAUCACAGUGUAUGUGCCUUAUAUUCAAUUAAUACUGAUCAUGGCCCAGAACUUUUGACUGGUGGUACAGAUCAAAGAAUUAGAAAAUGGAAUUUAACAUCACCUAGUGACACAUAUAUUGCUAUACCAGCUGCUAGUGAUGUUAUGGGUCAUUCACUAUACUGUUAUGAGUGUAGAUUAGUUGAUGGUACAAAUGUUGUACAAGAAGUUUGUACUAAAUCAAAUAGUACUGUAAUGUCAGGAGAUGAAGAGCCUCCAUGUGCUACUGAUCAACCUGCUCCAGGACAUGUUGGCUCAAUAUUGGAUAUUACAUCGUGUAUGGCAUCUCAAUGUUUUUUAGUUUCUGGAUCAUGUGAUGGUAUCAUUAAAGUAUGGAAAUAAAUGUGAUAUAUGUAUAAAUAUAUAUUGAUAUUGGAAAUUAUUUGUGAUACAGUCAUAGAUAAUUUCACUGUGUUCUACUUUUCCAAAUUAUACAAAUAUUUAUUAAAUAAACUAUUGUGAUAGUGAUGUAACCAAAUAUUAAAGUUACACACGUUAAAUUGUGUAAUAAAGUUAUUAAUGUAUCUUUUUA